CCCAGCAGCACAGACUUUGUGGGAACAGCUCCCUUCCUGUCCUCAGCUGUGUUCAGCGCCAGUACACCAGAAGGAUGGCACCAGUUGCCGGCAAGAAGGCCAAGAAGGGGAUCCUAGAACGUUUAAAUGCUGGAGAAGUCGUGAUUGGAGAUGGAGGAUUUGUUUUUGCUCUGGAGAAGAGGGGCUAUGUAAAGGCUGGACCUUGGACUCCUGAAGCUGCUGUGGAGCACCCUGAGGCAGUUCGCCAGCUUCACCGGGAGUUCCUGAGAGCUGGCUCAAACGUCAUGCAGACCUUCACUUUCUAUGCCAGUGAAGACAAACUGGAGAAUAGAGGAAACUACGUGGCAGCGAAGAUAUCUGGGCAGAAGGUCAAUGAAGCAGCUUGUGACAUCGCACGGCAAGUGGCUGAUGAAGGAGAUGCUUUGGUUGCAGGAGGUGUGAGCCAGACACCUUCAUACCUCAGUUGCAAGAGUGAAAUGGAUGUUAAAAAGAUAUUUCACCAACAGCUAGAGAUCUUCAUGAAGAAGAAUGUGGACUUCCUUAUUGCAGAGUAUUUUGAACAUGUUGAAGAAGCUGUGUGGGCAGUGGAAGCCUUAAAAGCGUCUGGUAAACCUGUAGCAGCUACCAUGUGCAUUGGUCCCGAAGGAGAUCUGCAUGGCGUGUCUCCUGGAGAGUGUGCGGUGCGUCUGGUGAAAGCAGGUGCCUCCAUUGUCGGGGUGAACUGCCACUUCGACCCCACCACCAGCUUACAAGCUGUGAAGCUCAUGAAGGAGGGUUUGGAGGCUGCUGGGUUGAAAGCUUACCUGAUGUGCCAGCCCUUGGCCUACCACACCCCUGACUGUGGCAAACAGGGAUUUAUUGAUCUCCCAGAAUUCCCCUUUGGGUUGGAACCCCGAGUUGCGACCAGAUGGGAUAUUCAAAAAUACGCCAGGGAGGCCUACAACCUGGGGGUCAGGUUCAUUGGCGGCUGCUGCGGAUUUGAGCCUUACCACAUCAGGGCGAUUGCAGAGGAGCUGGCCCCAGAAAGGGGAUUUUUGCCACCAGCUUCAGAAAAACAUGGCAGCUGGGGAAGUGGUUUGGACAUGCACACCAAACCCUGGAUCAGAGCCAGGGCCAGAAAGGAAUACUGGCAGAAUCUUCGGAUAGCUUCUGGCAGGCCAUACAACCCCUCAAUGUCCAAGCCAGAUGCCUGGGGAGUGACCAAAGGGACAGCCGAGCUGAUGCAGCAGAAGGAAGCCACUACUGAUCAGCAGUUGAGGGAGCUCUUUGAGAAACAAAAGUUCAAAUCUGCACAGUAGCCACAGGGCAACCAUUUGGGGUGGGCCACAAUGUGCACACAGAAAAAAAAGGUACCUAAAACUCAAUGCUUGUGUUAAUAUUAAUCUACACCUAUGGCUAGCAGUUAGGUAGACAGAAUAGAAUCACAAAUAUCAUUUUACAGUUAUAAAAGUAUGUUUUAGAUAUUUACUUAGAAGCAAAGAAAAGAAAAAUCCAUAAUAAAUACUAAACAGAUUUUCUAAGUACGUGGCAUGUAACAGGCAUUACAGAAAUCACUGCAGCAAAGCAAAAGUCACUCAGAUGUUAAUCCCACUUCAGGUAGGAGGAUGGGACAUAAGCCACCAUAAGUGACAUGGUAACUACUCAGGGACCAUAUUAUAAAUGACACAGCAACCCAUUUUAUCUGAGGUGCUUCUGGCAGUGAUCGCCAAGAUCUUUUGAGCAUGACCUUUAGAGAGAAACAUUGUCAGUAACAGCUCUGUAAAACUUAACAUAUAGCCACAAAGAAGAAACAAAUUAUUCAUUUUGGAAUUUUUGAUUGUAUCUCUUUCCAUUCCAUUUCAUUAAUAAAAACAUGUUGAUUGAAAA